AUGAUUCCCAUUGCGGGUAUCCACCAUUACUGGAGUAUUUGGGACAAUGAUUGGGCGGAAUUUAAUGCUGCAACAUCCACAAUAGACGCUUUGCGACCAUCGAUUCGUUCGCCAGGCGUGUCCCCUCGCCACAGUCCCCGCGCCCCGCGGCGCGCCCCUCAGCCCGCUGAGAAUGCGUACGGAGAGCUCAGAGCUCCGCCUUUGCCGCCGAGGAAGAGUCUCUCGCCCGCAGAACCGGUUAUAGUGGCAGCUUCAAGCGUGCAGGACAUUGCUGCUGCAAGUUCACAAGUCUUUGCUGAACCAAGAAGGAGAUCGUCAUUAGAACCUGAACCGGACUCGAGACAUCGUUUGACUUCCAUAAUCACUGGUUCAACAGAAACUAUCACUGGCGUCAUAGACACAAGACAUGAGGUGCCGCCAGAUCCGAGAGCAUUCGAAAAACCACGUCGGGCUUGCACCCCUCAAUCAAACAGUAGACCUCUUCCUGCAACCCCACCCGAACGUCUUGCCGAAGCACCAACCCCGACUGAACCAAAACCGGACAACCGAAUUCUUGCAGACAGCCGAUAUAUACCGGAUCGACACGAUAGGCAUUUACCGGACAGACAAGAGAGAACCGUACCAGCAUUACCGGAUAAUCGAAUAGAAAGACCAGUUCCUAAUCCACCAGAAACUCGAGAACGGUUGCCUCUUCCUGAUACUAGGCAAAUGGACCAGAGACAAGAUCGGCACGUUCCUAUUCCAGACAGCAGAAGAGACGAAAGACACGUACCUGUACCAGAUAAUAGACAAGAAAGGUUUAUGGAAAGACCUGAAAGACAUCAAGAGAAUCGCUUAGCAGAUUGGCACGUACCUGAAAGACAAGAUAGGCAUGUUUUGUCAGACAAUAGACAAGAAAGACACUUGCCUGAAUCCAGGUUGGAUAACAGACAUAUGCCUGUAGAUAGUCAAAAAUUAGAUCGACAUGGGCUAGACAGGCAUACAGAUUUUAGAUUACCGCCAGAACGACCUCCAGAAAAGCCAGAUUUUAGAGCUCAAAUAGAAUCUAGGAAUAGUUUUGAUAGGGAGACCAGGGUUGAAAGCCGGGCACCGCCUAGGCAGAGAUCUUUACCUGCGUCGACUAGUGGGAGUGUUGAUCAACCUACUAAAUCGACUACGAUGCCUAAAUUUCCUUCUGAAGAUGCCAAGGAUCCGCCGUAUGAGAAUGUUGCCGUUGAGAAGAAUGAAUUGGCUGUGUUACCCAAGAAAAUCAACCCUUUAACACACGACAAGCACGGCAGAAAAUACGGCGACAACGUAUCGUAUGAAAACAUAAAUUUAGACUACAUCGCUCGCCUCGUGGGCGAGGGCUACCCUAAAGACAUAGUCGUACGCGCAUUGGGCAUCACUCGGAACGAUCUGGAAAUGGCCUGCGAUAUAUUACACGAGUUCGGAUCUAAAGGAACUAAUAAGUGUUUUAAUUUCCAGUUAAAACCAUCGAUAUCACAUUUCCCACAGCAUACAGAUCUCCAAAAAGCAGGUGAAGUCAUAUUUAAUAAUGAGAAAUUUAAUAUAUUGAAAGUUACUACCCAUACUGUGACAGAUUAUUUUGAAGAUUUUAUGUUGGGGAAGAAAAGGCCAAAUCCAACUAAGAGACUUUUUGUUGAUGAUAAUUCAUUUAGGCAUCAGUGGAGCGGAUUCAACGAUAAACCUCAGAGUUUGAGAAAAACUGAAAUUAUAAAAGACACUUUCGACAAGGUUGCGAAAGACAACAUUUUAAUUGAAAACAAUAAUUCGUCAAUGUUACCUAGUAACAGUGAAAAAGAAAAAAAUGUGGAAAGUAAUAUAAGUGCCGCCACUAAAGCCUCGAGUAAAAGCGUUGAAAAUCCUGACAAUAAUGAAAACAGUUCAGAAGAUACUAAUGCCUCAACAAUAAAAGAGGAUAUAUCUGAAAUUAAAUAUUCUGGCAAACCAAGCACUUUGAAAAGACAAUACGACGACAAAAAAGCUCAAGCAUAUAAAAAAAAUAUGUUUGACUCAGAAGUAAGAUUACGGAAAGGAGAGCCAGCUAAAUCACCUGACAAAGAACGAACUGUGGUCCAAACAACAUUCUUUUGUCCAUUUUUUGGAAUUAUAACUAUGUCUGCUUUCGUUGAUUGA